GGCUUUCUUCUGCAUCUCUUCCUCUUCUCAGUCUUAAAUGUUGGGGUGCUCCCCAGGGUCUUCCUCCUCCUCCCUGGGCAUCCUCCCCUGGAGUCAUCCCUGCUGCCUCCUGGACACCAGCCCCGCCCUCGCCCUCCGUCUGACCGGACUCGCCAUGGGGCUCAGCGACGGGGAAUGGCAGCUGGUGCUGAACGUCUGGGGGAAGGUGGAGGCUGACAUCCCGGGCCACGGGCAAGAGGUCCUCAUCAGACUCUUCAAGAAUCACCCUGAGACCCUGGAGAAGUUUGACAAGUUCAAGGGCCUAAAGUCGGAGGAUGAGAUGAGGGCCUCCGAGGACCUGAAGAAGCAUGGAGGCACCGUGCUCACCGCCCUGGGCGGCAUCCUCAAGAAGAAGGGGCAGCACGCGGCCGAGCUGCAGCCUCUGGCCCAGUCCCACGCCAACAAGCACAAGAUCCCCGUCAAGUACCUGGAGUUCAUCUCCGAGAUCAUCAUCCAGGUCCUGCAGAGCAAGCACUCCGGGGACUUUGGCGCCGACGCCCAGGGAGCCAUGAAGAAAGCCCUGGAGCUGUUCCGAAACGACAUGGCCGCCAAGUACAAGGAGCUGGGGUUCCAGGGCUAAGCUCUGGCUGCCCCCACCCCCACCCC